AUGUCUAAGAUGGAGUUGGACUCCAAUCUAAUACCCGGCAUAGAAUCAUCUCCGUCGGUAUCUCAAAAGAAAACCAGUAAUUUCUUCCCUACCAAUUCAAAUGAAUAUACACCUAGAAUCAACGAUGGUUCGAAUUUCAUUCCUGAUGGUAUGAAUGGUUCAUUUAUGAGCUCGCCAUUCAGUCCUCGAAAUCCUCCUCCACAAGGUCUAGGAUCGAAUUUUUUUAACCCAUUGAGACAUUCUCCAAAUCUGCAAACGGCUGGGCCAGUUUCUCUGAUUGAUAAUCUGAUUGCAAGCAAUCUACUAGUAAGCUCUGGAAAUGUUUCCAGUGAUAUCACAGCAGUGGCAUCUGCCAAGCUAAAUGAUAGCUUGAAUAUGCUCUCAAUCAAUAAUGACGAUAAAGAGAACGAAAUAGACUCUAAAUCGUUUAGAACUAAUUCCAUAUGGAAUAAUACUUCUUCUAAGAUUAAUUUGACACCCAACUUGAAUCUUACUCAAGAAGAAUCUGAUCCGACCAUGUACACACCGUCAUUCUUGUCUGUGGAUAGUCUGUUUGUUGAAGACAAUAUGAAAGAAAAGGAGUUUCAGAAUUUUGUAUCUUACAAUUCACCUCUUACUCGUAAUAUCUACCUGACAAAGGUCAAUAAUCCCUCAUUUAUACCUACCUACUUCAAUCAAGCUAGUACUUCCAUUCCUGGUACGUCAUCUACGGAAGGGUUGGGGAUUCUCGAGCUGCCUCCGGCUACAAAAGGCUACCCUAUUAUUGUAGAAAAUGAACCUCUUCAAAUUAGAGAUUCUAAGACAGUUGCUCUGCAAGAAGCUUACAAAAAGGAACAUGCAAAGGCCAAGGCAAAAGCGAAAAGGACAAAAUUAAUAUUUGGGCCAUCUCCAAGUCCAAUCAGCAUCUUCACAGUUCCCCUCUCACUGGUUUACACAGAAAAGGAAGAGAUACAUCCUUCCAAAUGUGUUGUCAAUCUCCCACAGAAAUUCAGCACCAUAAAAGGUUUCUCCAAGACUUCAUUGGAUUCUUCACACCCAGUGAACAAGGUUUUCACACAAUAUUUAUUAGCGCAAGAUAAUACAAAGCAGGUCUACCAAGAAGAUUACUGUUCCACUUUCUACAAGCGAAACCACAAUGGCUACAUGUUUGUGAAAGAGCCAGCCAAUUCGAUCAAAAUAAAUUCAAACGGGAUUGGCACGAAAUCUUGGGUGCAAAUUAAGCUUAAUCUUCCCUCUAAAGCCAACAGUUUAAAUAAAAGUGUCGGAUCAAGGAAAAUCAAAAUUGAUAUCAGGCAGCUUCCCAAUUGGAAACCUCCGUCGAACAAGUCCAGCUCCAAGGCGAAAAGAACAAAUACAAGAAAAAGAGAGUCCAACGACUUCUCGCGCAGAAAGAGUGACAAUCGAAAGGGACAAUUUAGCACGACCAAGAGAUUUAGAAGCAGGGAAGACGUUAACUAG